UCCAUUCACGUCAAAUCGCAGUCUCGUUCGCUCGUGCAGUGGUCCGUGCUUGUUCCGUUGAAAAGUGGUUUUUUCUCGCAGAAAUCGCCCCCGGAAGUGUCCAAAGUGUGCCCGAGCGGUUCUACACGGAUCGGAGCUAGCAGGUUCGGUGCGAAACCGUGCGGAAAUUGGUGAAAAUCGUGAAAGUUGAUUGCACUUGAGCCUGUGAGAGCAGCUUCUCUGAGCUCAGCUCGCUAGAAAGUGAAAAGUUCGGCUCGCUCACUCUCUCGGGGUCGUAAGAGCCCAAGCAAAGCAGCUGAGGCCUCGCUCGCUCCACAGCAACAGCAGCAGCAGCUGAAAGUCGGACCCGGUUCGGAAAGAAAGCACACGGCGAACCUCUGAAGCAGGAGAAAGAAGCAGACAAGACACGACACGACACACGAAGAGCAGCAGCAAGAAAUUUCACUUUCUAUUUUUUAACUUUUAUUUUUUAUGACACACUUGCGUGAACUAUUUGUGCUUCGUGGUCGGCCACGCGACGCUGGUCACGGCGGCGGCUUGGAAAGGUGGUGAGAUCGACGCGGAGGUCGCGUAGCAGGUUCCCGGAGAUUCGUGUGGACGGAGCGGGUGAAGAUCUGGAGUUCCGGAAGUGUAAAAGUGAAAGGUGAACCGAGUGCUGUGGAAAAUAAAAAGUGAAAACUGCAAAAUCUCUCGUGUGGAAUUUGAGAGGUUCGUGAUCGUGUGGGAGGAAGUCGAAUCCGGGGGAAGUGACGAGUCUGUAGAACGGGUCAGAACAUCAACCCGCUGCGCUGCACAGCUACGUGAAGAACUUUGCUGACAGCGAGCUGCAACAACAAAAACAGCACGAAGAGAGGAACAAAAACGUCUAAGAUGUUGAACCGUCAUCGUGGUGGUGCUGCGAUCAGAAGAAACCUGUUUUAAGGGUCGUCCCCCGAAGUGUGUGUGUGUACGGCUCAGUUUUUGCUGCUUCCAAAAGUUUGGGAGAUCCACCUUGAAGAGGAAACGGUGAUGUCGCAGUACUGACAAAUUGUUGCGCAAAUUAGUCAUUGGCACGGCGUUGACGACAGGGGCGAAACAGUGCCCGGGGAAAGUUGUGGUGUGUGUGAAAAGAUCGCGAAAAUCGGAAGUGUAGCGAGCAGUACCAGCCGGGCCGACCUCCAGAUGUCUACAGCGGAAGAGAAUACGGCCAAGUCGGCGGCGACGGGGCCGCCCCAGAAGCAGGAUCCGGACGAGAAACGGGUCGGAUGUGCGCACUACAAGCGGCGGGCCAAGUUUGUGACACCUUGCUGUAACAAGUUCUACAUGUGCCGGUACUGCCACGACGAGAACGAAACGCACUUCUUCAACCGGAAGACCGUCACGGAGUUGAUCUGCACCGAGUGCAACACCCGGCAGCGCGUCCAAGCGGAGUGCGAAAAGUGCGGCGUCCGGUUCGGCAAGUACACCUGUCUGGUGUGCAACCUGUUUGACGACGAGGACCGCUCGCAGUACCACUGUGAUGGGUGCGGAAUUUGCCGUGUCGGCGGCCGGACGCGUUUCUUCCACUGCGAGGUGUGCAACAUGUGUCUGCCGAUGCAGCUGAAAUACGAUGGCCAUAGGUGUGUCGAAAAUGUGUCCCGAUCAAACUGUCCCGUGUGCUUGGAAGACAUUCACACCUCGCGCAUUCCGUGUCACAUUCCGGACUGUGGCCAUCUGCUGCAUCGAACGUGCUUCGAAGAGCUGUUAUCAUCCGGUCACUACGCGUGUCCAACGUGUCAAACGAGUAUGAUGGACAUGAACCAGCUCUGGGAAUAUCUCGACUCGGAGGUCGCUGCCACGCCAAUGCCAAAGGAGUACGAAAACUACAUCGUUGAUAUACUCUGUAAAGAUUGUCACAAGGAAUCGACGGUUAAAUUCCACGUGGUCGGUUUGAAAUGCACCCACUGUGGCGCUUACAACACCUGCCGGACAAAGACUAAGAGUUUAGAUCUUCCUACGAAAAGCACAAUCGAAAGCGAAGUGGCAGCACGGCAGGCGAACGGCGAGGGCACCAGUGCGGCGACGGCGGCCAGUUCAUCGUCGUACUCCGCCACAACCACAACAACGACUUCUCCGGUGGCUGUCAACGGCGUUGCCAGCGCCACCCUCCCCUCUUCUCUGGUACUAACAACCCCCGAAGCAGUUAGUUUAACCAACGGUGACGCCGUGGCAUCGACGUCCGCCGGCAGCGAGUCGGACACGUCCACGGCGACGGCGGCUUCCAGCUCGAGCAGUACUUCCAACGGCGCUAGCAGUUCCAGUUCCAGCGCCACCAGCACCUGUGAUGAACGUUCGUCCCCGUACAGCGGCGCCAGCAGCAGCAACGGGAACCAGGAGGCUUAAAACGCAUUCUCGACGAACCAUCUCUCGUUACGCUACUCUCAAACACUCUCGCACUCCCAUGAGCCUCCGAGGGUACCAUACAUUGUGUGUUCAUUCCACUUCCAAGUGUUAGGUUGUUAGAAUUGUAUUGUAAUUUGACCGCGCGCACGCCGCCCCGUUCUAGUUCUUCCCUCCCUCAACCCACUUUAGGUUUAUUAUUGUUUUCUGCUCUUCUAGACGACCCUAGCUAACUAAUUGCAAAAUUUACUGUAAGCUUUCGUCAAAAUUAUCGGUUUAUUUCUAGGCGAACACUAUAUCUUUGAUAUCUAGCUUUAUUUAUUUUAUAAAAAGUUGUUUACACCAUUUAUUAUAUAUUUCGAACGAAAUACAGCAUUCGCAAAAUUGAAACCA